AUGCACAAAUUGCUUUCACGGAUAUCUAAAUUGUUGAGCAUGUCGCGUAGAUCCCUAUCGCCUUCUUCCUCACCUAGACCGAGCAAGCGAGCAAAGAUGGAUCACCUCACAAAGGAGGAUUUCAAGAAUGGCGUCUUUCUGGCACCUAUGGUUCGCUCUGGGGCUUUACCUACGCGUUUAUUUGCUUUAAAGCACGGUGCUACGCUAGUCUGGGGUCCUGAGAUUGUCGAUAAAGCUAUCCUCCAUUCCACAAGAGAAGUAGAUCCUGUGACUGGUGUUGUAUCAUAUAAUGGGGUCUCCCGUGCUAUAUUCACCACGCAUCCGAUCGAAAAACCCUACCUUAUAUACCAGAUGGGGUCAGCCGACCCAGACCUAGCCGUCCAAGCAGCGAAGAUUGUAAUGCAGGAUAUAUCAGGCAUAGACCUCAAUUGUGGGUGCCCGAAACCUUUUUCAACACAUGCUGGCAUGGGUGCUGCCUUGUUGACCAAUCCUGAUUUGCUGUGCGCGAUCCUCGUUGCAUUGCGGGAAGCAAUGCCCUCCCACAUCACAGUAACUGCCAAAAUCCGUCUCCUGCCUUCACAAGAAGACACUUUAAAACUUGUCGAGCGUAUUGUUAACACCGGCGUGAGUGCGCUAACAGUCCAUUGUCGGACGAGGAAUAUGAGGGAGAAGGAUAGAGCUGUUAUCGAAAGACUGAGAGAGAUCGUUGAGUUUGUGGAGGGGAUGGGAAAAGAUAUCGCUGUGGUUGAAAAUGGUGACUGUAAGGAUUGGGAAGAUGCCAAAAGAGUACGCGCUGUAACCGGCGCACAUUCUGUGAUGAUAGCCAGGGGGGCAGAGUCCAAUCCGUCAUGCUUUUCUCCAGAGCCUUUGAAAGAUGUGGAGACAACUUUAAUUCCCGCGUACCUAAACUUGAGCAAGUAUCUGCAAAAUCAUUGGAGCCUUACCAAGUUUUGUGUUGGUCAAUUCAAAGGCACUCGGAUGCAAGUCACGAAAGCAGAUUCCCUUGCCAUGCGACAAACAUUGAGUCAGGCAAAAGACUAUUCAGACAUGGAACACUUGAUGACAUCUUUAACUGGGGAGCAAGAGUUCCAACAAAUCAUCGAAGCUAUCGAGAAGAAGCCCCCAAGGGAGCAUCGAAUGCUUUUGACUGAAAUUUCCUUGCCACACGAUGAACAGGAUCAUGAAGAAAAGGCCACUACCAUAACGCCUCAAGGCACACAGAAUCCUGAACCUCCUGGUUCAGGUGCGCCUUUUCUUCCCAACGAUACAGGAAAGCCCCACACAAAAAUACCCGGACAUGAUGCCACGACGCCAACGCCCAGCGGAGUCCUGUCACUUACUUCCCUGUAG